AUGAGCGCGGCCGCGAGGGCUCCCGGCGAGACUCCGGACCAGAACGGAGACAGCGAAGCCGAGGGCGUGUUUCGGGAGAUCAGCCGGCGGGUCGCUGCGUCGGACUGCUGUGCAGGAUGUCAAGUGCAAUACUGCUGCCCCCUACAGGUGUGCGAGUGGCGCGACCCCGAGGAGCUGAGGGCGCUGCUGGACCUGGAUCUGCAGGAGGUGGGGGAGUCCCAUGGCCGGCUGCUGCAGCGGGUUCGAGAUGUGGCCAAGUACAGCGUCAAGACCCAUCACCCCCUGUUCUUCAACCAGCUGUUUGCUGGAGUGGACUAUCACUCCCUGGCCGGACGCUUCCUCACGGAGACCCUCAACACCAGCCAGUACACGUACGAGGUGGCCCCGGUCUUCGUGCUGAUGGAGGAGGUGGUUCUGUCCGAGCUGCGCUCUCUGGUCGGCUGGGCGGCGGGAGAUGGGAUCUUCUGCCCCGGCGGCUCUGUGUCCAACAUGUAUGCCAUGAACCUGGCGCGGUACCGGGCCUUCCCAGAGGUCAAACUGCGGGGCCUGUGGGCCGUGCCGCGCCUCGCCGUCUUCGCGUCCCAGGAGUGCCACUACUCUGUCAGGAAGUCGGCCAGUUUCCAGGGCAUCGGGAUAGAGAAUGUGCACCCUGUCCGGGUGGACCCCAGGGGCGGCAUGAUUCCGGAAGACCUGGAGGAGAAGAUUGAGCUGGCUAAAUCCCAGGGUGCUGUGCCUUUCCUGGUGAGUGCUACCUCUGGUACCACCAUCCUGGGCGCGUUCGACCCCCUGGACCGGAUCGCAGAUGUGUGUGAGAAGCACGGGCUCUGGCUACACGUGGACGCUGCCUGGGGCGGAAGUGUGCUGUUUUCCAAGAAACACAGGCAUCUGAUGAAGGGGAUUGAGAGGGCAGACUCAGUGGCUUGGAACCCCCACAAGAUGCUGAUGGCAGGGCUGCAGUGCUCCGCAUUCCUGCUCAAGGACACUACUAACCUGCUGAAGCGCUGCCACUGCGCCAACGCCACCUACCUGUUCCAGCAGGACAAGUUCUACGACCUGAGCUACGACACGGGGGACAAGUCUGUGCAGUGCGGCCGCAAGGUGGACUGCCUGAAGCUGUGGCUCAUGUGGAAGGCCGUGGGGACGCGGGGGCUGGAGGAGCGCGUGGACAAGGCCUUCGCUUACACCAGGUUCCUUGUGGAGGAGAUGAAGAAACGUGAGGGCUUCCAGCUGGUGGUGGAGCCGGAGUUUGUGAACGUGUGCUUCUGGUACGCGCCCCCUAGUCUGAGAGGCCAGGAGGGCAGCGAGGACUACAGGGACCGGCUGGCCAAGGUGGCCCCCACCAUUAAGGAGCGCAUGGUCCGCAAGGGCAGCAUGAUGGUGGGGUACCAGCCCCAGCACGACCGCGUCAACUUCUUCCGCGCAGUGGUGCUGUCCCCCCAGCUCACCCGCGACGACCUCCUGUUCUUCCUGGAUGAGAUCGAGAGGCUGGGCAGUGACCUCUAGCCCUCAACACCCCCCUGCCUCCUCUGUGUGUCUCCUCCCCUCUCCCUGUCCUUCUGUCUCCUGUCCCACCUCCACUGAGCUCUGCCCCCCUCCAUCUUCCGCCGUGUCCCUGUCCCUCUCUCCCAUUGGGAGACUCUCAAUUCAGUUCAAUUCCAGGUGCUUUAUUGGCAUGACCAAUGAGGACA